GUAUGGAUUAUAUGGGAUCUCCAUCUCGACAAGUGUACUCUUCCCAGCAGGCCCAGCUGCUGUCUGUGAAUAUGGGCCAGAUCCCAGCAGAGAAGCCGUGCAAUGGUAAGAUGGAGGCUUCAGCUUCGGUGGAACAUGAGGCUCUGAGCACAGCUUUCCGUUCAGUGCCACUGGCUGAGGAGGAGGACUUUGACAGUAAAGACUGGGUCAUCAUCGACAGGACUGAACUGAAAGACUUCCAGCCUGGUGUGGAGGCCAGUUCAUCAGGAACAACGGACGAGGAGCCAGAGGAACUACGUCCCCUAGAUCGAGUUGAAGCAGUAGCUGUUCGCCCAAAGAGCCAUGAAGUGAGGACCAAGCCUGAACAGGACAGUGCGAGGGAAACGCUGCUGCUGAGUCCAGGCCGUUCACCGCUGCACCGUUCCCAACCAGCUACCCAGUGCACGAGGAGAGAAUCUGAUCCAUCAGCCUCUGAACCACAGUUUGAGGAGGAGGGUGCGGAUGCGCUGCCUCAGCACUCGGUGCCGAGGUACAGCCCUCUGAGGAGACUCGCCUCCUCGGUGUUCUCUUCCUCCUCCCUAGAGACCGAGCACUACCCACAGCCCAGCAACAGCUUUCUCCAGCGUAGCCGCUCAGCGGAAAGCAGCCCAGCCCGACUGCCAUCGUCAUCUCGGAGACACAUGCCUCUUGUCACAGGCAACCACCGACUGAUGCCAUCUGUCCUCCGUAUCUCACGCACACAGCUUCAGCAAGUGUGGGCUCGCUUUGUGUCUAAGAGCUGACACCUUCCCCCUGCCGGGAGGCUGGCCGAA